AUGUUGAUGGAACUACCUUUGGAAAUACAAAUGAAGCUACUAUAUAUGGUGCCUCAGUCUAACUUGAAGUAUGUCAAUUCUUACUACUACAUUUUGUAUAACGACUUGUACUACCACAAAAUUGUUUCUGUUUUUGGUGAAGACACGAUUAAUGUUAUAAUCAAAGUAUUGCCUUGGCUAAAACCAUAUAUUAAAUCACUAGAUUCAUUUCGAUACAUCAAUAGAAUGAUAAUUGCCAAAAGGUUGAAAUUGAUUGACAACUUGAACAAGGAAGAUGAGCAUGUUGAUGUCAGUGCAAGUACCAGUAGCUUUAGAGCUUUGACCACAAGUCCAGACCAUGUUGAAUCAAUUAAGCAUGAGUAUGGUGGUGGAAACAUAUCCAACAGCAACAUCACACUGGAUGAAAUGGAUGAAUGUAAAGACUCACACCUGCUUGCGUCCCAGUCUUCCAAUAACCCACUCAAUGUACAAUAUGUUAAAGAUUCUUGGAAAUAUAUUUAUUCAAUAUUGAAAAACAAGCGGCUUUAUGCUGAAUAUUCCGAUUAUCAAAUUGAUGAACCAAGAAAUUAUGUUUACAAUCAUUUUGUUGAAAUUAAUCGAACUUAUUUGUUGAGUUAUUCCAAGGAUGUGUGGUUAGCUCCAGGACAAUAUAAUCUAAAUAUUGGAUUAGCAGUAAAGUAUGGUCAUGGAUUGGGUACUACCAAAUUUGAGAUCAAGUAUAAUGUUGAUGACGAAGAGGAAGAAAGGAAAGCUGAGAUAUAUGAUGAUGACGAGACGAUUACUGGAGAAGAGGCUACAGUACAGGAGGAAAUGGAUGGGGUUGAGGCUACCCCUAACAAUACUAUAAAUGGAAAUGGUAGUGGAAAUGGCAGUGGUGAAAAUGUCCUUUCUGCUCGACCCAAUGGUAUCGUCAAUGGUGGCGGUAUUGAUCGAAGUGUUAAUGGAUCAAUGAAUCACACAGUGGAUAUGCCAAUUGAUGCUCGUGCCACCGUUGAUAACAGCAACAACCUUUUCACCUCAAGAAACACCACCGUUACCAAACUGUUUUAUCCACCCACAAACAUUAAUGAUAUUUUACCCAAGAACCAAUUUUGUUUUCUUCGAGUGGCACAAUUCACCAUCCCACCUAAAGAGAACCAAGAAACUAAGCAAAAUAAAUUACGGAAAGUGACAAUAAAGAUGGAAGAAAUUGGAUUGUAUUUGAAAAGUGGUUUCAGAAUAUACUUUAUUGAUAUUAGCCAACCAUCAAUGUUGUAUGACGAAUAUGAUUUGUUAUACUAUUCAAUCAAGCAAACUGAAUACAAAUACUUUAUCAAUAUUUUGUUGAAAAAUUUAUAUAAAGCAUUAAAUUAUGUUCAAAAUGGGGGAAAUAAACUGAUUGACGGUGGCAAAUAUGGUACUGGCGAUCCUUACGAUUUGUGGCACGAAUACGAUAAAUCAUUUUUGAGAGAUUAUAGUGAACAGUGCAUUAAUGAUUCAAACUCAGCAUCAAUAAAUGAAGCAGUGAUGGGAGGAGGAGGAUUUACACCCUCUCACAGACGGUCAUCCUCCAUUUUAUCCGGAUCAGGAUCAGCCACUUCAUCUUCAUCGUCAUUAUCCUCCUUACAUACCCCAUUCAAGUAUGAUUUAAAGAAGUUGAACAAUUAUGCCAAUUUUUGUUUCAAGAACGUAACUAAUACCAAAAGAAAUUACAAGUUUAGCACUAUUUAUCAACAACGACAAUUUAUCAAUCGAUUUGGAGACUACAAUUUGGAUUUGAAAAUGCAAAUGAAUCAGCCAGCACAACCAUUAAAGGAUUCAAUCGAUGCUACUGGUGAACCACAACGAGAAAAGCAAGAACUGAAUGAAACACAACAGUUAAAAGAACAAGGUAUUGAAUAUGACGAGGAUGGAGUGUGGAAAGUGCCUGAGUUAAAGUGUAGUUACGACAAACUCGGAUUAAAGUGGAAAAUACCCAUUGUGGGAGAACUUUAG